GUCACGCUCGUCGUGCCCCGGCGGGGCGUGCUGCCCGUCAUGGGCCCGUCGGGCAGCGGCAAGUCGACGCUGCUCGAGGUGCUCUCCGGCCGGCGGCGCGGCGGUUUCGCGAGCGGCGAGGCCCUCUUCGGCGGCUGGCCGCUGUCCGCGCACCGGCGGGGCACGGUCGCGUUCGCGCCGCAGGACUGCGCGGACCUGCUCGACGGCGGGCUCACGGCGCGCGAGACGCUCGACUUCGCCGCCGCGCUCCGCAUGCUCGGCGCGCGCACCGCCGCGCGCGCGGCCCAGGUCGACCGCGUGCUCGACGCGCUCGAGCUGUCGCGGUGCGCGGCGUCGCGCUGCGCCGUGCUCUCGGGCGGCGAGCUCCGGCGCGUGUCCAUCGGCGAGGAGCUCGUCGGCUCGCCCGCCGUCCUCCUCUGCGACGAGCCGACGACGGGCCUCGACAGCGCGACGGCGCUGUCCGCGCUCCGGGUCCUCGCGGGCCUGCCGGCCGCGCGCGACGUGACCGUCGCCUUCUCGCUGCACCAGCCGCCCUACGGCGCC